UCAACUUUGACCCUUCAGAAAAAGAAAAAAGCGCCCUGGAGCAGAAUCAGUAACAGCGUGAACUAACCUAACGCGUCUGCUUUCCUCUCGCUAAAGAGAUACGGAGUUACUGAGACACAGCUUCAAUUAGGAAAGCCGGGAAUGAAAUUCGGAUCACCACGGGGUUAUCGCUGCAGCCGUUAAAGAAAAGAUCGCACCCGUCCCCGUAGGUGUACAGACUGCAGAGAGGUGCAAAACCUCAUAAAACACCAAUCCCCACUUCACUUCCAUCUACUAAACUUGAUCUGUAGUAUUCCCACCCCCUAUUUUAACCCGGCCCGACCGGAGUACUGUAGCCGCAAAAAUGGCGAGCGCCUCCUACCACAUCUCUAAUCUUCUGGAAAAAAUGACAUCCAGCGACAAGGAUUUCAGGUUUAUGGCAACAAAUGAUCUCAUGUCUGAGCUUCAGAAAGAUUCCAUUAAACUGGAUGAUGACAGUGAGCGCAAAGUAGUAAAAAUGAUUUUAAAGCUACUGGAAGAUAAGAAUGGUGAAGUGCAGAACCUGGCUGUCAAAUGCCUUGGCCCUCUGGUCAGUAAGGUGAAGGAAUACCAAGUGGAGACCAUUGUAGACACCUUGUGUACUAAUAUGCUGUCAGACAAGGAGCAGUUACGGGACAUUUCCAGCAUUGGACUAAAAACAGUAAUAGGAGAACUUCCACCGGCAUCCAGUGGCUCUGCUCUAGCUGCCAGUGUUUGUAAAAAAAUUACAGGCCGCCUUACAAGUGCCAUAGCCAAGCAAGAAGAUGUAUCUGUUCAACUUGAAGCCUUAGAUAUAAUGGCAGAUAUGUUAUGCAGACAAGGGGGCCUUCUAGUUAAUUUUCAUCCAUCCAUUUUGAGCUGUCUACUUCCUCAGCUCACUAGUCCACGUUUGGCAGUAAGGAAAAGAACUAUUAUUGCAUUGGGACACCUUGUUAUGAGCUGUGGCAAUCUAGUGUUUGUGGACCUCAUAGAACACCUGCUAACAGAACUUUCUAAAAAUGAUACCAUGUCUACAACCAGGACAUACAUACAGUGUACUGCAGCAAUCAGCAGACAAGCAGGUCAUCGCAUAGGUGAAUAUUUAGAGAAGAUUAUACCACUAGUGGUUAAAUUCUGCAAUGUUGAUGAUGAUGAGUUAAGGGAGUACUGCAUUCAAGCAUUUGAAUCUUUCGUGAGGAGGUGCCCAAAAGAAGUUUACCCUCACGUGCCAGCUAUUAUCAGUAUUUGUUUAAAAUAUCUGACCUAUGACCCCAAUUACAACUAUGAUGAUGAGGAUGAAGAUGAAAAUGCAAUGGAUGCCGAUGGUGGUGAUGAAGACUAUCAGGGGAGUGAUGAUGAAUACAGCGAUGAUGAUGACAUGAGCUGGAAAGUGAGGCGUGCUGCUGCCAAGUGUUUGGAUGCUGUUGUCAGCACCCGGCAUGAGAUGCUGCCAGAGUUCUACAGAACAGUUUCACCUGCUCUAAUUGCCAGGUUCAAAGAGCGGGAGGAAAAUGUCAAAGCAGAUGUUUUUCAUGCUUACCUUUCCCUCCUGAAACAGACUCGUCCAGCACAGAGCUGGCUGUGUGAUCCUGAUGCCAUGGAACAAGGGGAAACCCCACUUACAAUGCUUCAGAGUCAGGUGCCCAACAUUGUGAAAGCACUUCACAAGCAAAUGAAGGAGAAAAGUGUGAAGACGAGACAGUGUUGCUUUAACAUGUUAACUGAACUGGUUAAUGUGCUGCCCGGAGCUCUUACACAGCAUGUUCCAGUUCUGAUCCCAGGGAUCAUUUUUUCUCUCAAUGACAAGUCCAGCUCCUCCAACUUGAAGAUUGAUGCAUUGUCUUGCCUGUAUGUCAUUCUGUGCAAUCACUCCCCUCAGGUCUUCCACCCUCAUGUGCAGGCCCUGGUACCCCCAGUUGUUGCUUGUGUAGGGGACCCUUUCUACAAAAUUACAUCGGAGGCUCUUCUUGUCACGCAGCAGCUGGUGAAAGUGAUUCGCCCCCUUGACCACAAAGCUGUCUUUGAUGCAACCCCUUACAUUAAGGAUUUGUUUACUUGUACCAUCAAAAGACUGAAGGCAGCUGACAUUGACCAGGAAGUUAAGGAAAGGGCCAUAUCCUGCAUGGGUCAGAUCAUUUGUAAUCUCGGUGACAGCCUUGGCUGUGACCUGUCCAGCACCUUGCAGAUUUUUCUUGAGCGACUGAAGAAUGAAAUCACCAGGCUUACUACUGUGAAGGCUUUGACGCUUAUUGCAGGCUCACCUCUUAAAGUUGAUUUGAGACCUAUUUUAGGGGAAGGGGUGCCUAUUCUUGCAUCGUUUCUUAGGAAAAACCAGCGGGCACUUAAACUAAGCACAUUAGCAGGCCUUGAUAUAUUGAUAAAGAAUUACAGUGAUAGUGUGACACCAGCUAUGAUAGAUGCUGUCCUUGUUGAACUGCCUCCUCUGAUCAGUGAAAGUGAUAUGCAUGUGUCACAAAUGGCCAUCAGUUUUCUGACCACACUUGCCAAAGUGCACCCUGCAUCCUUGUCCAAGAUCAGUGGAUCUAUUCUCACAGAACUAAUCACUUUGGUACGGUCUCCCCUGUUGCAGGGUGGAGCCCUCAGUGCCAUGCUCGAAUUUUUUCAGGCUCUGGUUGGGACUGGUACAGCCAGUUUAGGUUACAUGGAUUUACUACGUAUGUUGACAGGACCAGUAUAUUCACAGAGCACAGCACUUACACACAAACAGUCUUACUAUUCCAUUGCCAAAUGUGUAGCAGCACUUACACGAGCAUGCCCCAAGGAGGGGCCGGCAGUGGUUGGCCAGUUCAUCCAGGAUGUAAAGAAUUCACGCUCUACGGAUUCUAUACGGUUGCUGGCACUGCUGUCUCUCGGAGAGGUUGGUCAUCACAUUGAUUUAAGUGGGCAACCUGAGUUGAAGUCUGUCAUAUUGGAUGCAUUCUCUUCUACCAGUGAGGAAGUCAAAUCAGCUGCAUCCUAUGCUCUAGGCAGCAUCAGUGUUGGCAACCUUCCGGAAUACUUGCCUUUUGUUCUUCAGGAAAUUUCCAGUCAACCUAAAAGGCAAUACUUGCUACUUCACUCACUGAAGGAAAUCAUCAGCUCUGCAUCUGUGGCAGGUCUCAAACCCUACGUGGAGAACGUUUGGGCAUUGCUGUUAAAGCAUUGCGAGUGUGUAGAAGAGGGAACGAGAAAUGUAGUUGCAGAGUGCUUGGGCAAACUGACCCUAAUCGACCCAGAAACUCUACUGCCACGGCUUAAGGGAUACCUUGUGUCAGGCUCAUCCUAUGCACGCAGUUCAGUUGUUACAGCUGUGAAGUUUACCAUUUCAGACCAUCCACAGACCAUUGAUCCUCUACUGAAGAACUGCAUAGGUGAUUUCCUUAAAACAUUAGAAGACCCUGAUCUUAAUGUACGAAGAGUAGCUUUGGUUACCUUCAAUUCAGCAGCUCAUAAUAAACCUUCUCUCAUUAGGGACCUUUUAGACACUGUUCUUCCUCAUCUUUAUAAUGAAACAAAAGUCAGAAAAGAACUCAUUAGAGAGGUGGAAAUGGGACCAUUUAAGCAUACUGUUGAUGAUGGAUUGGAUAUUAGAAAGGCAGCUUUUGAGUGUAUGUACACACUUCUGGACAGCUGUUUAGAUAGACUAGACAUCUUUGAAUUCCUUAAUCAUGUUGAAGAUGGAUUAAAGGACCAUUAUGAUAUCAAGAUGCUGACUUUCUUGAUGCUAGCUAGACUAUCCACCUUAUGCCCAAGUGCAGUUCUGCAGAGGCUGGACAGGCUUGUAGAGCCAUUGCGGGCUACAUGCACUACUAAGGUAAAGGCCAACUCUGUCAAGCAAGAAUUCGAAAAACAGGAUGAGUUAAAACGAUCAGCCAUGCGGGCGGUAGCAGCACUUCUGACCAUUCCUGAAGCAGAGAAAAGUCCUCUAAUGAGUGAAUUCCAGUCUCAAAUCAGCUCAAACCCUGAGCUGGCAGCCAUCUUUGAAAGCAUCCAAAAAGAUUCUUCUUCUGCAAACAUGGAAUGUAUGGAUACCAGUUAAACCCAUUACUUCCAGACUGGGACCUUUGUAAACGUUCCAUGCAUUGCACUGAAAAUAUAGUUUAAAAAAAGAUGAAAUAAAAGAAAGAAAAAAUGUAAAAGAAAAAAACAUAAAGGAAAACAUUGUCUAAGCUUAAAAGCUUACCACUUUGUUCCUCUUUUUUGUUGACGAAAUGAUGUUUGGCUUUUUGUUCACUGUUGCUUUUCUUCUAGUGUUUAAUCCAGAAGGAUGCAAAGUGCACGGGUGCUUCAAAUAAGUCUUUGGACUCUGUGGAGCACUAUUUGAUAGCAGAAGAAAAUCAAACCAGCUUUUAUCAUAAAAUGGGAGAUUUAGACUUUAUAUAAAUUUAAUUAUAUACAAGUGUACAGGGAAGGGGAGCUCAUAGUUUUUUUUUGUUUGUUUUUUUUUUUGUUUAAAAUUACAAGGUUGCUCAUAUACAAAAUGUGUUCUGUCCUACCUAGACAUCUUUAUCUUGGCUGCCUGAUCCCCUUUUAUAAUAAACAAGCUAAGUUUAUAACUGAAGGCAGCUAGGAAAAAAUGACUGUGUGAUGAUGUCAUUUAAUAAGGUGAAAGAGAGGUAGUUUCUUGCUGUACCCUGCCAUUCCUGCAUGAAUUUAUAACCUGGUGUAUAGCAAAUAAUAAUAAUGGCAUGUACACUUGAAUGAGUACAUUUGCUGUCUCCUUUAGUGCAUUAUUUGAAAUUGUGUCUUCUAUCAAGCAAACCUAUCACUGUUUAUAACAGAAGUGAUUUUUAGAAGUAUUAAUGUUAGAAGAGAUGGAAAUGUCAAGAAAGACCAAUAUGUGGUGCUGUAGGGCUUGGACACUUUUUUUUUUUUAAUAUUGCAGCUGAACAGCUCUGUAAGAUCUCUUUAAAUUUAACCUUUUUUUUCCCCACUUGCAAGGGUACCUCACAAAUUACUGUUGUGGGAUUCUUCUCUGAUUUUUAGUGAAGACCAAAAACGCCAGACCUCAUUAUUGGCUCAAAACAGCUAUCGGAUAGUGCAGUUAAAAAGCUAGCAUUCAUCACUGAUUUUUUGACAGGAAUCUGUUAAAAUAUUGUUACAGUGGGUGUACGCCUGAAUAAAAACAUCAAGAAUUAUUUUGUAAA